UUAUUUCUCAAACAAAUGUGUACCAUAUACGUUAAAUUAAAUGUGCAUUAAAUAUUUUGUAGUCGGAAUAGAAAACAAUUAUGUCAAGAACUGUUACAGUCAUUUUCUUUGUGAUUUUUGCUGAGGUGACUGCAUAUACAUUGCCGAGUGCAACGCCUCCCGAUGAAUGUAGUGACGAUCCAGGGCAAGGUAAUGACUAUAACGGUUAUAACGGCGGCCAUCAUAAUGGAGGAGGAGAGCCUGAUCACGGUAAAGACUAUUAUAAAGGAGGACAUCAACAUGGAGGAGGAAGUCAUUACUAUCAAAAACAUUGCCCAUGUAAAAAACCUCAUAGGAGAGUAGACUUUGUAUUCGUUAUCAAAUUGGUAAAGAAGAACUAUAGACCACCAGGCCACAGACGUCAUGGUUAUGUUUCUAUUCAUACUGACGUUUUACGGGUUUGUCAGAACGACAAGAAAAAGAAGCCGUAUAGUGGAAGGAGUCGUCAACCAAUGGCAAGACUGGAAACACUCGCAAAUGCAGAUCCCGGUUGUGGACCUUUUGAUGGCAUGACAGAAGGAAGAUGUUAUAUCGUCAGAGGGUAUACAUCAAAGCCAAGAUACUUUAGGUAUUUUAACAUAGACCAAUGUAAUCGUCCAGAACCUGUUCCUUGCGGUUAUUCAAAGUGUCCAUACUGAUGAGAUUAUUGCAUUUAAAAAUAAAAGAGAUUGAAUUAAA